AUGUCAAACGAAUUCCCCCGUCAGGGGAUUAGCACUAAUAAUAAGACACGAAAUGAUAUGACGAGUGCAGAACGUAGCAGCUCUACAUGGCGUCGUAAGCAAUGGACCCAACGUGGUUGGUCAACUACCACAAUCGCUGAUUGGCGACCCAGUAAAGCGGCUGCGUAUCGGUUCGUCCCGUUUAUUUUUCACUUUCACUUCAUGUUUGGCUUCGAAAUUUUGUUUGCCACUAAUAACUACCGUCAGGGGAUUAGCACUAAUAAUACUAAUAAGAUGUAG